AUGCAUCUUAUUUCAAGUUUGUUAUGCUUUGCUUUGGGGGCUAUACUUAUCAAUUCUGCGCCAUUUGAUCAAAAACUCAAGACUGGCUCACAAGAGGUGAAAGACCUCUCAGAGAUAUCAGCUUUUCGACAAAACAGCCCGAUUCUUUCACUGACUACCUUCCGUGAUUUCAUCAAAGGUCGCAGCCAUGGCUUCUGUUUCAGGCGUUUAGCUCUUUCAUUAGGUUAGUUUCAUAAGAAUAUUUUGUAUAAAAACUUUUACUUGAUCACCUCAGUAUCUAGCCUCCCGAGCUCCCCUAAAAACGCCUGCGUGGGAGGCUACUCAGUAUCAUGUAUCAUGUAUGAUUCUUUUUGGAGGCGGAGCUGGGGCUUUCUGGAAGAAAAAUGCAGUUAAUGGUAUUCUGGUCCACUAGGGACCAAGCAGUUUAGAUCGUGCUACUAGGGAACACUCGUAGCGAACGUAACUUCGGUCUAAUGUAAAUAAGUGUGGCAGUAUAGAUUCUGUUUUAUGUUUGCAAAUAUACCGUCCCCCUCUUUGUGUCCAAUGUUAUUCACAGAAACUGUUUCUUUACGUUAGCUCCAGACACGCCAAGUGGCUUCAAGGGAUGGAUCAGGAAGUACCAUUCGGGAUUCUUGGCAGUAGACCAAAAGUUGUAUCACUUCUUCAGAUGUAGUCCAAACCAAACUUUAAGGAAACUCAAAAGAGCCAAGCGCUCACCCCAACGCCGAGGACUACCUCCACCCCGGCCAUGUAUCAAUGACACGCUUCCUAAUAACGCUGAAGACAACGUACAGGAACGAAAUCCUCUUUGCAUACAAGAAGAAGAAGAGGAAGAAGACGUGGAAUUUGGCAGCACUACCGAUGGAAGUGGAGACUAG